UCUCUAAUGUGAUCAAGAUGGAAGCUGUCCAUGGACGUCUCACUGCUUCCCGGCUUUCUUUCUGCCUUUGGGACUGCCAGGACUUGUACAGCAAUCCAAGAGCGAGAGUACUGACUGGAGCCUUGAAAAUGGCCUGCACUGCUUCUGAUUAAGGACCGGAUUCUGAAUACGCUUGCAAAUAUCCAGUCUUUUGGACAGAGAUAGAUUUGUGUUUCCCAGAAUAUGGAGGAAUUGCUUCUGGUAAAUGAAUGAGAAGACAACCAGUGGAUCUCUGGAUCACUUAUAACAAGCAGGAUUUGUUGGAAUAUACAUUCUGCCGGAUGGGAAAAUAAUCCACAUACUUGAUUUAAUUGUUAGAUGCUAUGUCAGCUUUAGAAAAUGUACAAAAACUAAAUGUUACUAUUCAACGCCAACGUGUAUUGAAGUUUGGAUAUCAUUUGCUGGUUUAAUGAGCUCCUAGAAUGUGUAAUUGUUUUAUUUGUAACUAAAUCUAUUUGUACUUCUACCAUCUCUUACAGUUUAAUGCCAAGUAUGGUAGAUGAAGCUGACCAUCCCCUGGUUCCUUUCCUAAAAAGGAACUUUUUGAAAAAGCAUAAUUUCUUAUAAUUGAAUUUUUUAACAUUUAAAACUUUUUAAGUCAGAUUUCAGUCACGGUUGCAUACCGUAUAUGCUGUGCGGUUAGACUGGCUGAAAUAUAUAAUGAAGCAGAUGUUGAGCUUACAUAGAAUAUUGUCAUAUUUAGAACAAUAAAUGCAAAGUAAGAUAAAAUUAUUUAGUUUGAUCUGUUAGGUACCACAAUACAUUUUACUCAGUGACUCUCAGCUGCUGUUUUAGUUCCCUUUUUUAUGUCAUUCCCUUUUUUGUGGGUUUGUGAUUUGACAAUUGUGCUAAGACCCUAAAAAGUGAAUAAGGGAGAUCAGCUUCAGAAUCUUUUUUUGUCAGGUUUAUCCACUUAAGAAUCUGAAAGCAUAAACAUCUGUUCUGGCUCAGGGUGAUUGACUGUAGUUGGCCAGCUUUAAAGUAAAAUUCAGAAUGACAUUGCUUUGGAAAUAUAUUAGUUUUCCUUGUUAGAUCAACAUAAUGAGGCGUCUUGACAUCUUAUAGUGGUCCAGUUUAUAAGUUCCCAUGGCACUGGGUAUGCAGAGUUGUUGCAAUCCUCGAACUUUCACCCACUGCUUCCUGUUACAGUGAGAAGCAGGGCUUGAUUUGUCAUACUGUCAUCUGGACAUUCAGUUACUGUAAACUUAUAACUAGCAAACACUUGAUAUUUGUUACUCCCAUUUCUUUUCUUGAUUUCAGCAGAUCUGGUAGUCCGAUUUAGACAGCAGCCCUAUGGGAUAAUACUUGACUUUCCAUCAUGCCUGUUGCUAUUCGGAAAAGAAGUUGGGAAGAACAUGUGACUCACCCAUCAGGAUUACAGUAUAGCUUUGAUGAUCUGGAUCUGGUGUGCUGUCAUGGAGUAGACAGAGAGGGGUUUUGGGUGGGCUCUGGGGCUUUAAAACAGGGCCGGCGGACGAGGUGUGCCUCCAUGCCAGAGGGCUGCCAGGUGCCUUCAGAUGACCUGGGUCAGACGACUUUAGCUGAAGCUUUUGCUGUUGACGAUGUCGAUGAAUCGGGGCGCUUGAGGCAAAAUGAAAACAAUGGAAAGCCUCUGGAUUUCCAGGAGACAGUUCCUGGAGACAGUGCUGGCCUUCCACAGAGGAAUUCCAAAUCAGCACAUCUCCCAGCCACAAACACUGGGAUUUCUGGAAGCCUGUGCUGUAACAUCUCCAGUGUUAACAGUUCUUUUGCGACUGAUAAUCAGAGUGUAAAAACUCUUUACAGUAAAGUGGUAACUGGCACAGAAAGUAGCCAGGGUUAUAUCUUCAGGGAUGAUGUUGUCUUUACAGGCCUUAAAGAACAACAAUACAUCUCUAUCUCUUCAAACAAGGGGCCUUCAUUGUCUGAAUCUGCUGGUGAGCAGAUUGGCAAACUUCCAAUCCAUCAGCAGACAAAGGAGAGCCACAUAGAGGGUUACAGCAGAUCUCCUGAAAUCUCUGAGGUCACACUGAACUGUUGCGCUGGCGCCGAACUGGAAUCUCAAACCAACUGCCCAGAUGUUGAAGAAAUUAUUUCCACCUCCGACCAUGCUGGUACAAGUGGACUGCUUUUUGCACAGCAAAAUUCUACUGAUGCAGUGGAAGAUGGGAGUGCACUGUCUUUGCCCAACAGGGAACCAUUUUUAUCUUCUGCAGUAAAUGAAGAAAGUGACGAAGGAUUUACUGACAACCAGAACACUGUUUUUGUUCAGCAGCUGGAUGGACUGAAUGAGUUGGGAACAAAAAAUGAAAAUACAGGACUCAAUCAUUUAAGAAAUGUUCAAGAUGAGCAGAACUAUUCUAACUGUCCUGUGGUAUUAGAUCAAGCCAGUGAUUGUGACAUUUCCAAGGCCAUCCUGAACCUUCCUGCUGCUGCCGAGCAGAAAUUUCAAACCAACUGCCCAGAGAUUAAAGGGAUAAUUUUCACCUCUGACCAGGAAAGUGCAGGACAACCUGUUUUUGUCCAACAAAAUUUGCCUGAUAGAAUGGACAGUGACAAUACAUUGUCAGUGCAACCUGUUGUGGCUUUUUCACUGGAUGAACAAUGUGACAAAAGAUUUACCCAAUGCCAGAGUCCUUUUUUUGCUCACAGGCUGGAUGGAUCGGAUGACUCAGAAAUUUUAAAUGAAAAUGCAGGACACGCUCAUCACUCCAUGAACGUUCACUUCGAGGAGGAUUCUUAUAACUGUGCAAUGGCUUUAGACGAGAGUAAUCAUUGUAAAAUGCUUAACCAGACACUAGUCGAGAAACAUAAUGUUGCCAAAACAGCAAGGAACUGGCCUCAUACGCUGGAAAGUGCAGAACAAGGAGAGCUGUUUGACACAUUUCAGUCUAAAGUUAAAAAUCAGUGUUUGGCAGUGAGUGAAACUGUAUCAGCUGAACACCAGAGAGUUGGAAAUUCAGAAAGAGAAUCUAUACAGACAAGCAAUAUUUGUUGUGCAGAUCAGCUUGUGAAAACUUCUUUAAGUCAGUCAUUGGAUAACAUGGUUGAGAGCUCCUUACCCAAAGAGUUGACUGCAAGCAAGGAUGCAGACAUACCUCUGCCUAUUGAAAAUAACUAUUUUAAACUUAUGACUAUUCCAGAGAUCCGCCUGAUUGAGGCAGAUGAUAAUACUUUGGUAAAAGCUACAAAGAAAACCGAGGCUAAUAUUACUGAAAACCAAGUCCAUAACAACCUUCUGAAUAAUAAAUACCAUGCUACUGAGCAACAUAUGAAACUUCCUGUCCUUUCUAAAGAGGUCAAUGAGGGACUCCAUGGCAACCAAACCUCUGGCUUGAGUGAGUCACCUUGCUCUGAGGUGGCAGAUGGUUACAGGGAAGACCACAGCUUGGGAGGAAGAGUUUCUGCGAUGGGGGAGUUGGAUGACGCCAUUUUCUCAGCUGUUUCCAGCGAGACACCACCAUCUGGUUCAGAUCUCAAAGGGACAUAUGAGGCUGGAGAUCAGAAAGAGGACAAUGUGGUCAAGGUGCGGAUGAGAAAGCAUGAACAUGCCCGUUUGGACUCAAUGGUGCUGCUGUUGAUGAAGCUGGACCAGCUGGACCAGGAAAUUGAAAACGCACUCAGCGCCACCUCCUCGAUGGACAGCACCCCUACUCUUCACCGCCGUCAUCACCUGAAUACCGAUCAUGGAUCUACACCAGCAACUUCACUAACCCUCCCACCUCUACAUGCAACUGACACUUUCUCAUCAGGAUCUGCAAAAUCUCAUGGAGCCAAGCUUAAAAGUGAGGGCCUCUCUGUUGCUUCUGGGAAGAAAAAAGCAGAAAUCGAAGCCAAAGAGGCCUGCACCUGGCUCCGAGCGGCAGGAUUCCCACAGUACGCUCAGCUUUAUGAAGAUUCCCAGUUUCCGAUUGACAUAUCGUCAGUCACUAGAGACCAUGACUUCCUUGAUCGAGAUGCUAUUGAGGCUCUCUGCAGGAGGUUGAACACUCUCAACAAGUGUGCUCUAAUGAGACUGGAGAUCUCUCCACAAAGAAAGAGGAGUGAGGACUCAGAUGAGGAUGAGCCUUGUGCCAUCAGUGGCCGCUGGACAUUCCAGAGGGACAGCAAGCGAUGGUCCCGGAUGGAAGAGCUGGAGGUUUUCUCCAAUUUCCCAACAGAUGCCGUCCAAGCCUCUUUUCCUAAAGACCAAGUACCCCAGAAGGGUAAGCUGACUCUGCGUGAAGGGAACAGUUCAGAGAGCGUGCUGACUGACCUCAGUGAGCAGCCUGAAGUGAGUUCCAUCCAUAGCAGUGGGAGUGGAGGAAGAGGAGAGGAAAAGAUCCAUGGUGCUGCCUCGAUAAAUGAAGUGGUACCUACUGGUGCCACACGGGCUAGCUCAGUAGCCAGCAUGUGUUCAUCCUCAGGCACCGGGGGAUCAGCAGGUCAAAAUGAGGAUUCUCUGUCUGAUGGGUUGCCACCAUCGCCCCUGGAGACCCUCAGACACUUCACCUUCGAUGUCAAAGCAGGAACAGUAGGAGGAAGUCUUGAUAGAGAAGGUGGGAGUGGCAAAAGCACUCGUUCAAGAGCCAAAAGCUUCCUGAAGAGGAUGGAGAGUUUGCGACUACGCAGCAGCAGCUCUUCCAAGAGAAAAAAGAAAGGGAGCGCAGUCGGAGGGAAAAUAGAAAUCAGCGGACCUGUCAUCAAACAAGGCUUCGAAGACGACAAACUGAGGAGGUUGAAUUGUGUGGACAUCUCAAGCAUCAACCUCAAUCACCACUGCAAUCCUGCUCUGACCAUGACUCUCAACCGGAACCGCUCUGUAUCGUACUCCACUCAGACCAGCAAUGGGAGCACUGGAAGCACUGGGAGCAGUCAGUCUGAAGCCAGCAGUGGCAGCGCAGUGAGCACACCGAGUCCAGUGACUCGAGCUCGCAGCCACAGCACUGCAGCAGGUUCCAGUAAGAGAGGAGGAAUGUAUCUGGAGGGCUUUGAUCCCUUUAGCCUCCUCCAGCAAGAGCCGAGUCGUCAGGCGCCGCAGCCCAAAUCAGCACCGCCCAUCCCCUGCCAGGCCAGUGAUGGGAUGUCCAUCAAUGAGCAGAACUGCAGGAAUAACUGCAGUGCUCAAGACAAAAGUAGACAAGAGGAAGAAGUAGAAGAGGAUGAGGAGGAGGAUGAAGAAGGGGGCAUGAUCUUCUUCUAUUUGCCCGAAGGCCACAAGCCUGGAACUUUCCCCAAAGCCCUGCAGGAUGGAAGUUUGCGCAACAACAAUGGGAAUGAUAAUGGGAACUCAGUGAUUCUCAGGGGACGGCAAAGCAGGCGUCAGCGUCGCGCCUCUUCAGGUUCAAUCGACAGCCGGCUUAGCUUUUAUGACAAUGUCCCCUACGCCGAAAAAGAGGAGGGAGAGGAUGAGGAGGGAGACGAACACAAACUAGAGGAGGUACUCCAACAUGUCACCGGCUUCGUCAAUGCCUGGUCAGAGGCUGUGGCCGGUGAGGAGGAGGAGGAAGAGGAAGAUGAAGAGGAAGGAGAUUCUGAUUCUGCGUUGGAUUCGGCAUCGCCGUGCCCCUCCUCACCUCUGCAGAACAGAUUGGAAGAGACAGAGAACGGAAGUGACCAGGACAGCACGGGAAACCCCUUGGGCGACGUCGAGGAUGGGAUGAGGGAGAGAAGAGAUUCAGGCGUGGGAGCGUCUCUUACUCGAACCAGCAGACCACAGAAGCUCCGCUGGCCAAGCUUCCAGAACUCCCACCGCCCCAGCUUGGCCUCGGCUCAGCUCCAGAUCAGCUGCCAGUCUGUGCUGCAGAUGAAUCUGCUGCAGAAACUCUCUCUACUGCAGCUCACUGCUCUCCUGGAGAAGCACACUCCAACAAACAAGCAUGGCUUCAGUUGGGCUGUGCCAAAGUUUAUGAAGCGAAUCAAAGUGCGGGACUACAAAGACCGGAACGUGUUCGGUGUACCGCUCCAAGUCAUCGUCCAGCGAACCGGCCAGCCACUUCCUCAGGGAAUUCAGCAGGCCAUGCGCUAUUUACGCAAUCAGUGUCUUGACCAGGUUGGCCUUUUCAGGAAAUCUGGAGUUAAAUCUCGCAUACAAGCUCUUCGCCAAAUGAACGAGGCAAGCGGCGCAGAUGGUGGAGGGGUCAACUACGAAGGCCAGUCGGCCUAUGACGUUGCCGACAUGCUGAAGCAGUAUUUCAGAGAUUUGCCUGAACCGCUGCUCACAAGCAAGCUGUCUGAGACCUUCCUACAGAUUUAUCAAUACAUGCCCAAGGAACUCCGUCUUCAGGCAACCCGCGCAGCCGUGCUGCUGCUGCCAGAUGAGAACCGGGAGGCGCUGCGCACCCUGCUGUGCCUGCUCUGUGAUGUGACGGCGAGCGUGGCAGAGAACCAGAUGACGCCCACCAACCUGGCCGUGUGUCUGGCGCCGUCACUCUUCCACCUCAACACUCUCCGCCGCAAAGAGAGCUCCUCUCCCAGGGUGAUGAACCGGAAGCAGAUGCUGGGAAAACCUGACCAGAGGGACCUGAAUGAGAACCUGGCGGCCACGCAUGGACUGGCACACAUGAUCCAGGAGUGCAGGAAGCUUUUCAGGAUCCCUGAAGAGAUGAACCGCUGCAGAAACUCAUACCUGGAGCAGGCUCUGCUGCCACAGCGCUUUGAGGAACUGGCUGGUGAAGAGGCCGGGCAGGGGGGCUACCGAGCCUGUCUCCAGGACAGCCUGGACCUGCUUCUAAAGGAGGCAAAAGACAAGUUCAAAGGUUACGACAGCUGCUCCACGCCUGAGCAUGCAGAGCUGGCCUGCAGGAAGGUUCACGAUGGAUUUCCACUGAGGCUCUGGAAAGUCACUGUAGAGAUUCCAGCGAGUCCCGAUGAAGUUCUGACCCGAGUGCUGCGAGAGCAGGGCCACUGGGACGAGGAUCUACUGGAAAGCAGAGUAGUGGAAACGCUGGAUGAGCGGACAGAGAUCUACCAGUAUGUUCGCAACGCCAUGGCGCCGCAUCCCACCAGAGACCACCUGGUGCUAAGAACAUGGAUCACGGACCUACCAAAAGGUGCGUGUGCACUUGUAUCUACGUCUGUGGACCACGAAGGGGUGCCAGUGGUGGGUGUCCGGGCCAAUGUGCUCACUUCACGCUACUACGUAGAACCCUGUGGAACCAACAAAUCCAGACUCACGCACAUUUCCAGAACUGACCUCAGGGGUCGUUUUCCAGAGUGGUACAAUAAACUCCACGGACAGCUGUGUGCUGCUGAGGUGGCGCGAAUAAGAGACUCCUUCACCGUUUCCAUGGAUAAAUAAAUAGGCAGCGUGCAAUUCAGACCACAGCAAAUUCUUGGACUGCAACUUUGGAUGGAGUCAAGUCAUGUUCACAGUGAAAAAAACAAAGUAUGGAGCCCCUAUUCAAGGACUCAUUUUUCCCAGAGUCAAAACAGACUGAUUAAACUGGUCUUGUUGGGACUGCUGAGAGGACUCGCAUAGCCAUGUCUCAUCCUGGAGACAUUUUGUUGUUGAUUCGGAAUGUGUGGUUUAGACUUUAUCUAAAGGGAUGAUACGGCUUCUGAGAAGCGAAGAAGACUCAACGUAUGCAUGAGCUUGUGUGUGCGGGUGUGUGCAAAGCAACAAAUGCUAAGCGCAUAUUUGUCGUGUUGGUUUACAGUCAGAGGAAAGCAUGUACAUAUAAAAUAUUCUGGUCAGAAAAAGUUGAUGUGGCCGUCCGCCUCACGUUGCCUCUGACCAACUUUUCUGUUACAGCGAAGCACAGGAGGACCUGUAGAUGUUAUUAAGAGUUGAUGAAUGAAUGUGUGGGUGAGGAAAGAUGCAAAUCCACAGACUGAGUGGAAACAAAAGACAGGAUAUGGUGAGAUGACAGGUGGGCGACUGCACGCAGGGUUUUAGUGCUUGCCGGUAGAGGAGGAGGAGGACCGGUGGCUGGCUCACCAGAAUGAAAGGACUGAUCAGUCGGGAUCUCAUCUACUGACAGAUAAAAGUCGCUGCAAUCCCCUCCAGAAGGAUUUGAGUGAGUCAUGGGUUUUAUGUGGAAGCUGAUAUUUGUUUGCGAAGAUUCACGAGACGGGUUUAGUCUCCGUGCUAGUGCCAAAAGUUAGUUCGUCAGCAAUUUUAAAGAGGAGCAGAAAGAUAAAAAAAAAAGAUAAAAAAAUGGAUUUAAUGGACCAAAUAAAGAAAAAGCUAAAGCUCAUCUUAGAAGGCAUCAAUGUUUGUUUUAAUCUCAAAAACAGCACAGUUCACAUUCUUUUUUUAUUUGUUGUCUGCAAUUCUAUCCUAUUAGGAAUAUAUUGAAAACUAUACAUGUUCCACUUUCAUUGUGCACAAGAGAACAGAAGACACAACUCACUGCAACUGAAACCUCCAGCUACACGAAAGACGAGAGAGAGAAAAAAUGUCCUUUUAUAAAGGUGGGGAUUUUACAGGUUUUACUGUAAAGAAGAGGGGAGACUGAAUGUGCUUUUUCACAAGAAGGAUAAAAGUCUAUUUGCGUAAGCAUCUUUCUCUCUAUUGUCUCGCUGUGUUUAAAAAGUAAUUAUAGAGAUUUGUGCCCACGUAACUUCUUCUAGCACCGACGCUCUUCGAUAGGAGACUGUCCAAGCUGUUUGUGCUCAGUGUGUAAUUAAUUCACUAAGCCCUUUGUUUAUAUCCUACCAGUUUGUACCUGUAACAGUGUCUCUGCCAAAUAACGCAUGACAAUGACAGUUAAUUUAAAGCAAAUAUAUUUAUACCUCAAAUAUGUGUGUUUUUGUAUCAUUUUAUGUUAUUUUAUUGUACAUGGUAAGCUUUGUGCUACAAAAAUGUGUUUUAUCUUUUUUAUUAUUAAUAUUAUUUCUGUACAGGUUAAUUAAAGUGCACUAUUAAAUGUAUUAAAAUAA